AUUAUAAUUAUGCAUUUAUAAGCUUAACUACUUGUCCUAUUCUAUUAAAUUCUAUAUAUUUAGUGAGCGAGCGCAUUGAUAGGCUUAGAAGAGUCACAUCGAUGAAGGUCAUCAUUUUGAGUGACGGCUUCAGGUCAUUAUCUUUGGGCUAUGUUCAUUUGCAUAGAUGCAGCUCACAAUUUUCGACUCUACAGAAGACACUUCGUGAAUUUGACCCCCCUACAAUGGGUGUUACUACCUACAAAGCACCACACGCGUUAAUCGGCACCCAGCUUAGUAGUCACCACUACCAUCCCGCUAUACUGUGCCCUUUGCAGGG